GAGGACCUUUUGAGAGCGCUUAAAAAAGAAAGGAAAAGACUACGUUUCCCAGCAUGCUUUGGGACACGGCUGGAAGCAGGAGCUAGUGGGGAGAAACUACAUUUCCCAGGGUGCUCGGGAGCUGAGAUUCCCUUGCUGUGGGCGCGCCCUCCGCUUGGGCAGGUCGUGAGGAGAUCACACACACCCCUUUUCUCUCCCUCUCCCUCUCUCUGUUCAUCCUGCUGGAAAGCUGGGGGAUGGCAUCCCCUUUUGGGGACCCCCCCAACUCCAAGCCGGCCCCUGCCAAGCCUCUCACAGACUUGGAUUUCCGUUCCGGGGCACGCAUCGAAGAGAUCAACCAGCUCAUCCAAGAAUACGAGGCCAGGGACCCAGGCGUUCGGGACGCCCCGGAACUGCACCUUGCAAAGGAUAAGGUUUUCUCCCUGCUGGGUCAGGUCCAGAAAUCCGAGGGGAAACUUCCUCCCAUCAACCGCUACUUGAUCCUGUCCGGCGGAGCCCAGCAGGGCACCAUCCACGCAGAUCCAGGCACCCUCCACCCUCUUUCCGCUGGCGGCGACUAUGACGCCGACUUCACCCUCCUGGUGCCCGUCCUGAACGCGGCCGGGGUCCCCGUCUCCUUGGACAUGAAGCAGAGCCCCCCGGGCCACGCGCAGAUCAGCCUCCAGCCCUUCGGCCCCGAGACGCUGACCCGCUGGUCGGACUGUUGCUCGGGAGACGAGGCCCACUUAUCGGCCGAGCUGGUUUGCGAGUGGCUCUCGCGCUCCUUCCCCGCCGCCGAGGACGUGAGGGUUGAGCGGCGCGGCUGCGUCACCUCCCUGAUUGUCCUCGUCGGACUGCGCCGGAUCCUCUACGACGUCGUCCCGGUGGUGGCCUUCAAGGGCUGGCCGGAAGUUGCCCAGCCGUGGCUGGCCCAGGCCCAUUUCUGGGACGGCAAGAUGAUGGACGAGGAAGCAGCCGGGAGCUUUUACCUGCUGCCGUCUGCGUCUUGCGGCGCCUGGCGCCUGGCAUUUUCGGCCAGCGAGCUGCACCUCCGCAGGAUCCUGCCCCUGCCCCUUCUCCGGGCCCUCCGGGCCGCCAUGGCGAUGCUGGGCUGCGACCUACGCAGAGGCCUGGGGCCGUACCACCUCUUCACCUUGGCACUGUGGUCCUGUGAGCGGCUGCCGUCCAGCUACCUCGGCCGGGACGAGAACGCGGCCCACGCCUUGCUGGGCCUCUUGGACGACCUCUCCUCCGGCUUGGUGCACCGGCGCCUCCCCAGCUACUUCCUGCCGCAGUGGAACCUUCUGGAAGGGCUCCCUCGGCCGGCCGCGGAGGGCCUGGCUCGGGAGGUCGCCUGGGUGAGGGCCGACCCUUGCCGGUUCCUCCGGCGAGCCGUGGAGGGCGCCAAGGAAGCCAAGCGGUUGGCCAAGGCCUUCAGGGAGCAAGGGGUGUCCGCUGCAGCGCCGUGACUCUUUCCACGGAACAGGCACAGUGGCUUCAGGUAGAAAAAUGGUGCAACGAGGGCCACCCAUUGCUGCCCCCUUUCAGCAAUCACGGCUUCCCCCAAAGGAUUCUGGGAGCUGUCCGCUAUUAACGGUGCUGAAGGUUGGGAGGGGACCCCCUGCUCCCCUCGCAGAGCUACAAUUGUCGGAGGGGUUCAACAAACCACCUCCCUUUUUUGGGAAUCAUAGCUCCGGGGUGGGAAUACGGGGGUCUCCAAGGAACUCUUGAAACCCGUAACCAGUGCUUUUUUUCUUUAAAAAAAUGUUUAGGGGUACUCUCAUUUUGACUCGAGACAAUCAUCAUUUUUUUAGUUCAAAUCGGUUUACGAACUUGAUCCGUUCCGGAAGUCCGUUCUUAAACCGAAACCAUUCUUAAACCAGGCUUCCGUUCUUAGACCGAGGUAAAGUUCUCAAACCGGGACACUAUUUCCGGUUUUGCGGAGUUCGUAAACCGAAUCAUUCUUAAACUGGACUGUUCUUAAACCGAGGUACCACUAUAAAUGGACAAAAGGCCGUCAUCAGGGGGAGGGGUAGCAACGGAACUAAUGAUUCUCCAUGCUAGAGAAGAAACAUUUUUUUAAUUUUUUAAUUUUUUUUUUGUUUCUUCUCCCAUUAGAUUCACAAAAUGUUUAGGGGUAAGCGUGCCCCCAGAAAAAAAAGCAUUGCCCGUAACAAACCUCAGCUCCCAGAAUUCUUUGGGGGAAGCCACGGCAGUUUCAACGUGGCCAAGGAGCAUACCUGCCAAGUUCCUCUCUGAAAAAUAAGGGACCGGACCGGAAGUAGCGUGGCGGCCAUUUUGGAACUGGGCGGAGCAUGCUCAGAAGUGACUUUUGAUGCUGCUGUGCCCAGUUUCAAAAUGGCCGCCGCACCAAAAGUCGCACUGCAGCCAUUUUGGAACUGGGCAGAGCAGCAUCAAAAGUCGCUUCUGAGCAUGCUCCGCCCAGUUCAAAAAUGGCCGUGGUGCCAGAAUAAACCGGGGAAAAACAAAAAACCGGGGGUUUCCCGGGGAAAACGGGAGACUUGGCAGCUAUGCCAAGGAGAGGUUCCCGAAUUCUCUUCUCAUUGCCUCAUUGCACCAUACCUUUAAGGCAGGAUCAUAUCUCUUUAAGCAGCCAUGGCUCCCCCGCCAAAGAAUCCCGGGAACUGUAGUUUGUUAAGUUUGCUGAGUGUUGUCCGAAGAUUCCCCACUAAUUUCUCUCGGAGAUCUACAGUCCUCAAAGUGGUUUAACAAUCAAUACCUCUUCCGGGGAACUCUGGGAUGUACAGCUCUGUGACGGGAAUACAGGGGUCUCCUAACGACUCUUUAACACCUUUAACAGACUACAGCUCCCAGGAUUCUUCUCGGAGGUGGGCGGAGCCAGGGCGGUUAAGGCGAUAUAAGAGAGCCUGGAAGAUAGCGGCACAGACGGGGCCCUAAACGAAACUGCACGGCUGAAUUAUUGCAACCUCUCCUACCCACCCUUUCCCCACAUCUGUGGGGUCCUGAACUACAACUCUCCGCCCCCCACCUAGACCUGGAAAGCGCACCCAGUGGUCAGGGAGCCAUGCGCCUGGCAUGCUAAAGGUCCCCCAGAUUAAGAGGGAGGGUGCAAACCAUUGAAAUGGGGGCAGGAAAGGGGGACACAUAUCGAAUGGGGUAGGGCCAUAGGAUCAGGGAGGCGGGUCUUUGCACCCCACAACCUUCAAUUGUGCCUUAAAAGGUAAAGGUAAAGGGACCCCUGACCGUUAGGUCCAGUCGUGAACGACUCUGGGGUUGCGGCACUCAUCUCGCAUUAUUGGCCGAGGGAGCCGGCGUACAGCUUCCAGGUCAUGUGGCCAGCAUGACAAAGCCGCUUCUGGCGAACCAGAGCAGCGCAUGGAAACGCCAUUUACCUUCCCGCUGAAGCGGUACCUAUUUACUUGCACUUUGACGUGCUUUCGAACUGCUAGGUUGGCAGGAGCUGGGACUGAGCAACGGGAGCUCACCCCGUCGCGGGGAUUCGAACCGCCGACCUCCUGAUCGGCAAGCCCUAGGCUCUGUGGUUUAACCCACAGCGCCAUUCGCGUCCUUAAUUGUGCCUUAAACUGAUGUCAAAAACUGAUGCAAUGCACCUGGAGCGCUCCUGUUGCUUUUGGGUAUACAACUUCAGGCUGCUAUUCUAUUGGUGUAGCGUCUUGCCAAAGUGGGGCUGUCGAAAGUUCUCUGCUGAGCUUGUCUCCCGUCUUAAUGCCAGGGGAUUUCUUGCAUGGGAACGGGGGCACUGCCAUUGGACUGUUGAUGCCCCGGCCUCUGCCUAAGCCCUAAAAUAUUUAACAAAUCAACGUUUCUUUGGGGUUGGGUAAAGCUUUGGGUAGCCUCUGGGUGUUCUUUGGACUACAAUUCCCAUCAGCCUCAGCUGGCGCAGGUGGGUGGUGCUGGGAACUGUAGUCCAAAACAGAUUGAUUUGCACCUGGCUGGCGAAGGCUGCCCUAUAACUCUCAUAAACCCUGACCACUGGGCAUGCUGGUCAAGGCGGCUGCGAGUUGGGAGCCCAGGCACCAUCUUGCUAUCCCUGCCUGCGGCAAUCGCAUUUUUGGAGAAGGGUCGCCGUCUUUGCAGGUGAUCAUUUUGUUAGUUGUGUUUACUCGCUCCCGAGAACCGACUCUUGAGUAAAACAAUUGAGCAACCCUUCUCACGGGUAUUUCUGGGCCAAAGCUUUCGGUCGGAUUUGGUGCCGACACCCAUCUUCUCUUGAAAUCGUAGAUCUAAAAUAGAUAUCGAAGGACGAUGAUGAGAUUGUUCAUAAUAAGUGGAAUGUGCUCUGUAGGCCUUGGGAGAAAUUGUGUCUUCUAUUCAGCAGCGAUCUUUGUACGCGAGGUGAAUAAAGAUUUAUAUGCAAUAAAGGACAACUUUUAUAUGCCUGUUGUCUUUGCCCAUGGAGUUUUCUUGGCAGGGAUACUGGAGUGGCUUGCCAGUUCCUUCUCCAGGUGGAUCACGUUUAGUCAAAACUCUCCACUAUGACCUGUCCAUCUUGGGUGGCCCUGCAUGGCAUAGCUCAUAGCUUCUCUGAGUUAUUCAAGCCCCUUCGCCACGACAAGGCAUUGAUCCAUGAAGGCUUUUGAAUUAUGGUGCUGGAGGAGACUCUUGAGAGUCCCAUGGACUGCAAGAAGAUCAAACCUCUCCAUUCUGAAGGAAAUCAGCCCUGAGUGCUCACUGGAAGGACAGAUCGUGAAGCUGAGGCUCCAAUACUUUGGCCACCUCAUGAGAAGAGAAGACUCCCUGGAAAAGACCCUGAUGUUGGGAAAGAUGGAGGGCACAAAGAGAAGGGGAUGACAGAGGACGAGAUGGUUGGACAGUGUUCUCGAAGCCACCAACAUGAGUCUGACCAAACUGCGGGAGGCAGUGCAAGACAGGAGUGCCUGGCGUGCUAUGGUCCAUGGGGUCACGAAGAGUCGGACACGACUAAACGACUAAACAACAACAACAACAAAGGACAACUAACUUUGCCAUUUGAGCAGGGCAGAAGAGGCUGAUCUGUGAGGGUUACAAAUGGCUAUAUCAGCCUCCGCUAACCUGUUUGGCACUACAGUUCCCACCAACUGCACCCAGCCAGGUGGGAGUUGUAGACCCAAACAGCUGGAGGUCUCCAGGUUGAGUUCCUUUUUUUGGAAGGGGGGGACAGCCAAGUCUUCAAUAUACACAGAGGCGUUUGAACCUUGCUGCUCUCCUCCCUACCCAAUCCUUGAUUUACAAAAGAGGAGUUGCCAACUGACCAUGGCUGUGAUUGCUCCUGUGCUUUCAGCAGCAGGCCAGUGGGGAGAUACAGGCACAGUGAUGGAAGCUGGCUGGAAAGUUGGCCGCCCUGAGCCAAAAUCCCCCUGCUCCUCUCUCUCCUCCAGGUCAUUCCACGCCAAAUCACCUGGUGCCAUGUGCUUUGUUUAUUAUUAUUAUUAUUAUUAUUAAAUAAUCAAUAAAACUUAAUUUUUAAAAUGUAUCAGAUGACAGUGUAACAUAAGAGGGUACAAUUUUAACUAUUCUCAUGAAUGUGUGAGUUAUUUCAGGCUUGAAGAGACCUUAA